AUAACAUAAUCCAAUAUGGCGAAAGUUUGUAUUUGCUGUAUUUACCAGUACUGAUAAUAAUAAGGAGGCAGGAGUGUAAGUCGAUUGGGUGGGAACGGUUUCAACAGCGUGAUUUUUGUGAAGUGUAUUGUUGUGUGAUGUCUGAGAAGUGAUGUAAUAUGUUCGAAUCGGAGUUUAAAAAUGGUAUUUAUUUGUCGUUUAUGCGGGAACUGUGAAAAUGAAUCAUCAGGCUUAGCGAUAUUUGGAGAACAAGGAGUAAAGGAGGCAUUAGCAUAUAAAAUAAAGCUGUCACUUGAUAUUUCGGUGUAUGAAUAUGACCCACUCCCAAAAUAUAUUUGUGAAUGUUGCCUUGGAAAAUUAUUUGGUACUUUUACAUUCCAAGAAAGUUGUAGGAGAACUCAGAUCCUGUUGCGGGAACGUUUUCUGAAUUCAAAAAGUUGGUCUCCAAGUGCAACCACAUCUGCAACUGAACUGGAACAAUUACCGAAUGGAACGCUAGACAAGACGCCCAUUCCAGAAAGCACUCUGGAUGCUGUGUACUCCCGUGUUAAUGAAACGGCAUGCAGUCAAAAUGAAACUGAUAUGAAAGAACAGCAUGAACAGUUGAUUCAUGAUGUGUUGGCUCCGCCUGAAUCAAGCAAUAGUACUAGUAAUUUGCAAACAGAGCCAAGUUAUGUUCCUGAAGAACUUCCAGUUGAGAACAUACAAACAGAAAAGAAUGGCAGACCAGAGUUGGAACUACCUCAAGCAGAAACUCAGCUGACUAUUUUUGCAGAACCCUUUGAGUUCAAUUCUCUUAUAAGAAAUGGAGUUUUAGAAGAACUUGUGAAGACUGUGGGUGAUAAAGGGUGCAAGAAAUCAAAUGCCAGAAAGACUAGGAAAACACCUAACAGUGCUUCAAACAGAACAUGUAGAAAGAAACAGAAAACCAAUAGCACCUUGGAAUCAUUUUCAUCAAGUGACAAGGGAACCUUUCCUAUUCAAACAAAUAAAUUAGCAUCAACAGUUUCAAAUCUGAUGGUGGUUCAACAAACUGCAAAUGCACCUGACAUAUAUAUGUCUAGUUCUUCUGGUGUUAGUCAUGUAGCAUCAGGAGUUGAUGUAUCCUAUGGCAACACUUCUGUUUACAUAGGGCCUGAUAUUUAUGAAACACCACAAAUUGUUGCUCUUGUUGAUGUGCAGCAACAUGUAACACCCGGUCAGUCAGGAGCAAAUGACUCAGUGUGUAAUAAUACUUUAAAAAUUGUUGAUGUGUUUUCUGUCCAGGAAAUACCAAGCACCUCCACACCUGCUUCAUUUGUGACCAACACUUUACACAGGUCGACUACAAGUAACUGGCACUCUCCUUCUCCUUUAGAAAACCAGUCUAAUUCAUUUCUGUCCUUAACGUGUGGCACGCAAAGCUCCCCCAAGAAUCCUUCAAAUACAAGAAAUUGGCACACUCCAUCUACACAAAAUCCAUUAAAUCCACUUUCAUUACACAGCCCUGUUCCUGCAGAGAAUCCACAAAAUUCCUCUGAGUACAGGGAAAAAGGUGUUGACUCGGGGACCACUUUGAACAGUGCGUCUCUUACAGAGGACGAAGAUGAAAUUCUUGUUGUUGAAAUCGUCAAGGCUAAUAAGGAUUCAAUUGCCCAACACUGGGAAAAGUGCCCAUCAGGCUUUAGAUGUAAAUUUUGUAGCAAGACAUAUAAGAAGUUGAUUAAGUGCGAGAAUCAUAUCCGGAUUCAUCUGGGUAUCAAACCGUAUGAAUGCCAUUUCUGCAAAAGAAGGUAUCACAAGAAGAGACUAUUAAAUGAACAUUGUUCAUACCAUACAGGGAAAAAGUUAUACGAGUGUAAAGUAUGUGACAAGACAUUUCGCUACAGGAAGAACUUCAAGAUUCACGCAGAAAGUCACGUGGAAGAGACAAAUUCAUGUUAUUUGUGUGAGAUAUGUGGUAAAAAUUUUCAGUUGCAGUUUGAAUACUGGAACCAUAAAACAUCAAAGCAUGUUAUUGUUAAUCCACAAACAAUAGAAGUAGAUUAGAGUUACGGUGCAUACACACAAGAAAAAUCCAGAAAAUAUGUCUGUCAGUUGUUGUAUAUAUGCACACAGAUGUUUGAAAUUAUUUCUACAAGAAUCAAAGGAAGAUUUUAGAUUUUAAUAUGUACAACGCAUAAAAUAUUUUAAAUACGUAAUGAAAUGGGACAACAGAGCCUCAGUUUAAAGGGGAUGAGAGCUGAAUGUAAUGAUGUAUAAAGAGUUAAUCAGUGCCCAAAUAAUUAAUUUUUUCAUAGGAAAUACA